CUCUCCUUGCAACGAUCAGACGUCCCGCCUUGUAUGCGACUAUGGGUCGCCCACUGUCCACCAUGGGUGGGAGAGGCCGAAGUUCCAGCGCGGAGCUGAAAGGUACACCCACCCCCGUUGUCAUCCCGAACAAUCCCACGCCCGCGUGCUCAUUGGCUUCUAGACAGCCGCCAGGAAGACGCCUACUCAUACUCUGCUCAGCGAUGGGUUUGGAAUGAGGCGCAGCAGCUGCGCAGUCGAUACCUCCCAUUCAAUCUCAAUGCCCUCGUCCACGUGGCCGAAGAAGCCGCCGGCGACAACGCAGUAUGUGUCCAGAUCGCCAGGUUGCCGGAAGGGAACUUCAACAAGGCCUUCCUGGCAACCAUGUGAACUAAUCUUCCGACAGGCAAGGGAGAAUCUUCACCUCCCUGUACCAGAAGUACUCACCUACUGUUCCCGAGGUGCCGGGAGUGGGCUGGACGUUGAGUAUAUCGUCAUGGAGAAGGCUCGUGGCAUCGAGCUUGCUCGCGUAUGGGAGAGCUUGAAACCACGGGACAAACUCUCGAUCGUCAAGCAAAUUGGAUCCAUGAGUGCAACGCUCGCUCGAGCGCAUUUCCCAUGCCAUGGCUCGCUAUAUCUUUGCCAAGACCUGACCGAUUCCGAAAGCAUCCAAAUCGAUGGAACCUUCGCCAUUGGGCCAACAACUGGGCGGGCGUGGUUUGAUGACAGAAGGGGCGAGGUUGAUGUCCAUCGGGGCCCCUGGACUAGCACAAGCCUUACCAUGAACGCCCUCGCCCGGCGGGAGACUGCCUGUUUAGAUGCAUUUCCCCAAUUCCCCAGAGACACCCAACAAGGGAUUUUCAACGGACCCGGUGGGUAUUGGCCAACCAGAAAGGCCAAACUAUCCGUUCUACAGGACUUUCUCAAGAUAUCUUCACAUGUUGCCCCUAAAGAUGAUGCCCUGAAUGCCGGUAUAAUCUGGCACAAUGACCUCCACACAGACAACAUCUUCGUCGAUGAAGCCAAUCCCACUCAGAUAACCGCCAUCAUCGACUGGCAAGGUGUUCCAGUGUAUCCGAUGUUCCUGAUCGCGCAUCAUCCGUCCCUCAUAGAGUACGAUGGUCCAAAGCCAGAGAGAUUCGUUCAGCCUCGGCUUCCUGGAGACAUCGAAGACAUGAAUGCCGGCGAUAAGAAGGCCGCCAAGCAGCUUUUCCUUGCGCAGACGCUUUGGCUCUACUAUGAGACACAGGUCAAUACAGAAGCCCCGGAUUUGCUUCGUGCGUUCAAGUACCGAGAUACCGUGCAGUGGGAGAUAUGCAGCCUAAUCGGGUCGAUUUUCGAUGAUGGGGAGCCCUAUGUCCAGAAGGCACUA